CUGCAUCAUGGGAAGACAAAGAAAUAUUUUGAAGAAGCUGGCAGAGACCUUUUACAUCCGACAUAUGUUUCUCCGUCAGGCCCUGGCAGAGUGUCUGGGAACCCUCAUCCUGGUGAUGUUUGGUUGUGGUUCAGUAGCACAGCUGGUGCUGAGCAGAGGAUCUCACGGCACCUUCCUCAGUGUCAACCUGGCUUUUGGAUCGGCUGUGACACUGGGCAUCAUCCUGAGUGGGCGGAUCUCAGGUGGUCAUCUGAACCCAGCCGUGACCUUUGCACUGUGUUUACUCAAAAGAGAAGAAUGGAGGAAUUUCCCCUUGUUCUUUUUCUCCCAGACUCUCGGUGCUUUCCUGGGUGCCACCAUCAUAUUUGGGAUGUAUUUUGAUGCAUUGUGGGACUUCAGCCACGGUGAGCUGAUUGUCGUUGGGGAAAACGCCACAGCUGGGAUUUUUGCCACAUAUCCAUCAGAACAUCUGAGUCUGGUUAAUGGAUUCUUCGAUCAGCUCAUUGGAACAGCUUCAUUGAUCGUCUGCAUCCUGGCCAUAGUUGAUCCAUACAACAGCCCAGUCCCCCGAGGCCUGGAGCCUUUCACCGUGGGCCUUGUCGUUUCAGUUAUCGGCCUUUCAAUGGGCUUUAACUGUGGAUAUGCUGUCAACCCAGCCCGAGACCUGGGACCACGGAUCUUCACCGCUGUAGCAGGCUGGGGGGCAGAGGUGUUUUUUGCAUGCAGCUACUGGUUCUUAGUACCAACUUGUGCUCCCUUCCUGGGUGCUGCGGUGGGUGUGUUUUUGUACCAGGCUAUGAUUGGAAACCAUUGGAAUUCCGAAAUGCACGGUAAUAAGAAAGAUGAGGCGAGAGAGGAGGGAAGGUUGACACGUUCCACUCUGAGAACCAAUGAAGAGGCAUAAGCUCGUCUUUUUUUUUAAGUAUUUUUAGUAUAUAACAUUUUUGACUAACACCUACAGUAUGUCAUUAAAUAACCCUGAUUUUGCAUAAUUUAACUAAUAUCCUGUAACCUAUCAAGCUGCACGUCAGUGGUUCUCACACCAUUACUGCAGCGCCCUCUACCUUUUUGUAUA